AUGCAAGUCGUUAUUUUAUUAUAUGUUUUUGCUUUAGUAAGUGUUGAUAAAAGAGGUGCCAAAGCUUCAGAAGAAAAAGAAAAUUGUGAAGGUGUAGAAGUGCAUGAUAAAUUUCACAAAAAGCAUGUUAUAGGGAUGGGGCUGAAUCGGCCUUACCAGUUGGCAUACGAUCACAGCGAGCACAAAGUUUUCUUCAGCUAUAACUUUGGAAAAGACGACGAAGAUCUUUUUGAAAUUGGCUAUAUUGAAAAAGGACAUAUAAAACAUAAGUUUGCAAUCGAUGGAGACAACGAUAUUUUUAUUACUAAUGAGACUGGAUUGUACAGAAUAAAAAACGGUACUGAUCAUCGAAUAUUUUACGAAGGCCCGAAACUUUUUAGAGCAAUUGAAAUAAACAAUAAGGGUAGAGCCUAUUUUACUGGUCAGAAUGGCAUUUUCAUUGCCAAUAAAGAAAGUAAUACAUUGGAGAAAAUAGCCCAUAUCAAGAACAUUUUCGGUUUAGCUUUCGAUAAUGAUAAUAAUAUUAUUUACUCAAACCCCAGUGAAAUAAUUAAAUUAGUGCCUGAGGAAUGCAAC